AUGUACGACGAAAAAUAUCUAAAAGAUAACUACAAAUAGUUCAAAAAGGACUGGUCAGACCAUGCACUCUGGUGGCCUACCCGAAACAAAUGGCUGUCCCGUCCAAAGCACACCCUUGACCAGUAUGGUGUCCAUGCUGACGCAGCCUUACACUUCACACCCAUGCACAAACCGCUCAGGAUUCAGCUGCCGGAUCUGAGAUACAUUGAUUGCAAAGUUGACUUCUCUAUUGACACCUUCAGUGCCGUGGUACAGCUAUGUAAAAGCCUUGGAAUCAGGUAUCCAGAAGAGCUCUCCCUCCGCUACCCUCUAGAACAGUCACAUUUAAAACAGAACUACCAGAAUUUGAAGGAAGCGAAGAGGAUAAAGUCUACACAGCCUCCGGAUACGAACACGUUCAUAGCGGCUACAAGAGGAUCUUCUAACAGUCUAGACAGGUCGAACGGACCUUGUCCUGCAACGCCACCCCCACCGCGAUCACUUUCAGCCACACCAGUAGCUUCACAACAGAAUGGCACUCUUCGCCGCUACGGUGGUAUAAACAGCACACAGAGUGAUGGCUCUAGCGAUGGUGGAUACUGUGGGACUCCGCCGAGAGCCGCAUCAAUGGAUGCCCUUGACUCCCUUGCCGAACUCUCUCUUGCUGAUUCUCCAAUUGAACCUGACAGUCAGUCUAAAGAUUCACUACUGUCGCCAAAAACUCUCAUGGAACGGGCCAGGAUGAAUGUUGGCUGGCUGGACUCAUCCCUCUCAGUUAUGGAGCAAUAUGUCCGCGAAUGGGACACUCUACAGCUUCGGUUCAAGUUCUACUCGUUCUUCGAUCUGUGCCCGCGCGCACAGGACGCUCCCCGGCUCAACCAGUUAUACCAACAGGCCAGGUGGCAGAUUCUUAACCAGGAGGUGCAGUGCACAGAGGAGGAAAUGUUACUGUUUGCCGCAUUACAGCUACAAAUCGAGCUGCAGACUCUCGCGGGUGGCAGCGUGGAGGCGGCGGACGGCGCGGGCAACUCGGCGGGUGCUGCGCCCGAGGACGAGAUCGACGCCGCGCUCUCUGAGCUGCAGGCGCAACUCGAGGGUGGGCCCGCGCCUCGGCAAGACAUCACACAUGUGCCUGAGCUCGCCGGAUACUUCAAGUACCUCAGGCCCAAGAGGUUCACGCUGAAGGCGUACAAGCGCGGCUGGGUGUCGUGUCGUGACGGAGUGUUGCGUAUUCACUCGUCGCGUGAAGCCGCCGCUAAAGGGGAACAGCCCUCGUAUGCUGCUGAGCUGAGGGGGGUAGAGGUUACUCCAGACGCACAUCCGGCAUCUGGUAGAUAUAGCAUCAAGCUGGAGAUUCCUGCCGAAGAUGCUAUGCACGAAAUGUGGCUGAAAUGCGAAAACGAGGAGCAGUACGCGGAGUGGGUGGCGGCGUGCCGGCUGGGCGCGCGCGGGCGCUCGCUGGCCGACGCGGCCUUCGCGUCCGAGGUCGCCGCCGUGCGCGCGCUGCUGGCGCUGCAGCGGCCCCAGCCCAGCGCCGCGCUGCACCAGCACAGCCUGCCGCACCUCGACCACCUGCAGCCCGACAACUACCUGGCGCCGCGCUACCUGCGCAAGCUCAAGGGCAAGUUCACUCAACGCGUACUAGAAAGUCACGCCAACGUGAAAGAUCUUCCUCUCCUCGAAGCUAAGCUCCAGUACAUCAAGACCUGGCAAAAUCUGCGUGACUAUGGCCAGACCAUGUUCGUGGUAAGGUUCAUGGGUCACAAGAGAGACGAGAUCAUCAGCAUCGCUAACAACAGAAUCAUGAGACUCGAUCCGAACACUGGAGAUCAUAUCAAGACGUGGCGCUUUAGUUCUAUGAAAGCGUGGAACGUGAAUUGGGAGAUCAAACAUAUGAUGGUGCAAUUCGCGGAAGGCAACAUCAUCUUCUCAGUCCAAUCGGCCGAUUGCAAAGUGGUUCACGAGUUCAUCGGAGGCUACAUAUUCUUGUCGAUGCGCUCCAAGGACGCGAACCAGACGCUCAACGAAGAGCUGUUCCAUAAACUCACCGGCGGAUGGACGUAA